AUGGAUGAUAGCAAGACUGUGAAAGAGCGAGUUGAGGGCUGGUGCGAGUCAAAAGCAACAGAGCUCACCCAUGUUAGCAUAUCCGGCGGGCUCACAGCCGCAGUUCUAACCCAACUGUUCGCCUGGCCACAGACCCAAGAUGCAAUCCCCGAGUUCUCCAGAAUAUGCUGGUACAGCGGGCUGGUUCUUGUUAUCACGGCGGUCACUUUAGCUACACAGCAGAACAUCGCCCUGACUCGCGCCAGAGCCAGCCCGAGAGGAUGGGCCUAUCUGCGGAGCAUACUAAGCGCAGACGGAGAGAAGAUCGACUCGACCGAUCAAAGCCCGUCUCGGAUCCAGCUAUAUAUGUGGCAGGUGCCAGUGAUGAUGUUGAAUUUUAGCAACAUGUUGCUUGUGUUGGGAAUUUUGGUUUUGGUCUUGCGCAAUGAGAGCACCAGUACCAAGUUCUCGGUGGGCGCGGUGGCUGUAAUUGCUGGGGUCAAUUACCUAGGAUCGAUGCUCGCUUUGUAUCACAAUGCAGUGUAUGCGGAUAAAUCUGACUGA